UGUGUGGAGGGGGUGGGGGGGGGGCUGCUGAGUUUUGGAGUUUGAUCUCCAGUUCAUCUGGCAGCCAUUGUAUUUUGCUCAGCAAAUAAUUGUCCACAAUUUCACUUUCUCAGCUUGUGGUCUGCAUGUGGACCUCUUUUUGUCCUACCCCCCACCCCUCUCUUUCUCGCUCCUCUUUUUUUUUUCUUUCCUUUUCUUUUUUCCUCCUUUCUUUUCUUUCUCUGAAGUCCUCGUCUCAAAGGAAGAUUACAUGGUCCGCGGUGGUACAUUCAUGCAGCCACCAUUUUAAAUCAAUACCCAGGAGAGGGUGGAAAUUGGAAGACAAUGUGACAGAGGACCAGCAUAGUCCUGGGCAGACUGCCAUUCCAAGCGAUCCAGAGUGCGCCCCCGAGAGGGUGGCGGAGGAUGGUGAGGCCGGGCAUCUGAGGAAGAGGCUGCUCUCUCCAGAGGAAGGAGAGGAGGGAGAGGAGGAGGACGAGGAGCCCGCGCUGCACAGCUGCGACAGCUGCCGGCAGGUGUUCGAGUCACUGAGCGAUCUCACCGAACACAAGAUUAAUCAAUGCCAGCUGACAGACGGUGCUGAUCUUGAGGAUGACCCUUCAUGUUCUUGGCCAGCAUCAUCUCCCUCCAGUAAAGAUCAGACUUCACCAGGACACUGCGAAGACUAUGAGUUUGGAGAGGACGAAGGGGGUCCUGGCUUGCCAUAUCCAUGUCAAUUUUGUGACAAGUCCUUCAGUCGUUUAAGCUUCCUUAAGCGUCACGAACAGAGCCACGGAGAUAAACUCCCUUUCAGCUGCACCUUUUGUAGCCGCUUAUUUAAACACAAGCGCAGCCGAGAUCGACACGUGAAGCUGCACACCGGCGAUAAGAAAUACCACUGUGGUGAGUGUGACUCAGCCUUCUCUCGCAGCGACCACCUCAAAAUCCACAUGAAAACCCACGCCUCCAACAAACCCCACAAGUGCCCCGUGUGCCGUCGAGGUUUUCUCUCCUCCAGCUCCCUGCACGGCCACAUGCAAGUGCACGAGAGGGGGAAAGACGGCAGUGGCUCCAGCUUUUCUAGAGCCGAGGACUGGAAGCUGAAAGAAACAAGGAAGUGCAGUCGGUGUGAGGAAGGCUUUGACGUUCCGGAGGAGCUCCAGCGGCACAUCGCAGAGUGUCACCCUGAGUGCUCGCCAUCAGAAGAUGGAGGUCUGGGUGCCACCCUGCAGUGCAUCUACUGCCAUGAGCCCUUCAGUGAUGAGGGCACCCUGCUGACCCACAUUGACCAGGCCCACAGCAGAGAUCGGAAGGGUCACACCUGUGCUAUCUGCUCCGAGCACUUUCUGUCUGUCGAGGACCUCUACGCUCAUAUGGAUAUCCACCAGCUCCCCGAAUCCAGUAACCAUAGUAACAGUCCUUCUUUGCUUACUGUGGGCUACACCUCGGUCUCUAGCACUACCCCUGACUCCAAUCUCUCCGUCGACAGCUCUACAAUGGUGGAAACUGCGCCGCCUGUUGCCAAGACACGAGGAAGAAGAAAGAGAGCUGCUCAGAAUAUGUCUGAUUUGGGAGGUCGGGYCUCAAAACAGCCCAAAGUCUCCUACAGUUGCAUCUACUGCAACAAGCAAGUAUUCUCCAGCUUAGCCGUGCUUCAAAUUCACCUACGAACCAUGCAUCUGGACAAGCCAGAACAAGCUCAUACUUGCCAGUUUUGCUUAGAGGUUCUACCCUCAUUACUAAAUCUAAACGAACAUCUUAAACAAGUUCACAGUGCAGAAGACCACGCUGCCCUGUUAGCCAGCCUGCCUGAUGCCCUUCUUCAGUGUAACUUCUGUCCAGAGGUGUUGAGCGAUCUGAACGCGCUGCAGGAACAUAUCCGCUGCUCCCAUGGUUUCCCCAGUCCUGUUGCCAAGGACAGCAAUGCAUUUUUUUGCCCCCAAUGCUUUAUGGGGUUCUUGACAGAGGCUACCCUGGAGGAGCAUGUUCGUCAGACUCAUUGUGAUGGGGGCAGCCUGCGUUUUGACUCCCCCUUGGCUGUAACUCCCAAGGAACCCAUAGUGGAGGUGUACUCUUGCUCAUAUUGCACCAAUUCCCCCAUAUUCAACAGUGUUUUGAAGCUCAAUAAGCACAUCAAGGAGAAUCACAAGAACAUUCCACUGGCGCUAAACUACAUCAACAACGGCAAGAAAUCUCUGCGCACUCUCAGCCCCUCUUCGCCAAUCUCUGUAGAACAAACUGCCAUGCUGAAACAAGGUAGCGCAGCUUCACGUAACACCAGUGAGUUCAUUUGUAACCAGUGUGGGGCAAAGUAUACAAGUUUAGACCUUUUCCAGACUCAUCUCAAAACUCAUCUGGAUGGCCUACAACCUCAACUCACAUGUCCACAGUGCAACAAAGAGUUCCCCAACCAAGAGUCUCUCCUGAAGCAUGUUACAAUACACUUUACUAUUACCUCCACGUAUUACAUCUGUGAGAGCUGUGACAAGCAGUUCACCUCUGUGGAUGAUCUGCAGAAGCACCUUCUUGACAUGCAUACGUUUGUGUUCUUUCGCUGCACUCUGUGCCAGGAGGUGUUUGACUCGAAGGUAUCCACACAACUACACCUGGCUGUAAAGCACAGCAAUGAGAAGAAGGUGUACCGUUGCACAUCCUGCAAUUGGGACUUCAGACACGAGACCGACCUACAACUGCAUGUUAAACACAGCCAUCUGGAGAACCAAGGCCGUGCCCACCGCUGUAUUUUCUGUGGGGAGUCCUUUGGCACAGAGGUAGAGCUGCAGUGUCACAUAACUACCCACAGCAAGAAGUACAACUGUCGCUUUUGCAGUAAGGCCUUCCAUGCCAUUGUCCUCUUGGAGAAACAUUUAAGGGAGAAACACUGUGUGUUUGAGGGAAAGUCCCAAAACUGUGGCACUAAUGGGUCAACAGUAAGUGGUGGGGAAGGCCAGCCUAAAGAUGAUGCUGAACUACAAGGUCUUUUAACUAACAGCCAUGGUCAAGUAGCAGGAGGAGGAUCUGUGGUGGAGUCCCAUAACAGCCAUGAUGGAAGUGAGGAAGAGGUGGACACUGCAGAACCCAUGUAYGGGUGUGAAAUAUGUGGGGCAUCUUACACCAUGGAGUCACUCCUCACUAACCACCAGUUAAGAGAUCACAAUAUCCGACCUGGUGAGAGUGCAAUGAUAAAAAGGAAGGCUGAAAUGAUCAAGGGCAACCAUAAGUGCAAUGUCUGUUCCCGUACCUUUUUCUCUGAGGCUGGACUAAGGGAACAUAUGCAGACCCACCUUGGGCCUGUCAAACACUACAUGUGUCCCAUCUGUGGAGAAAGAUUCCCUUCUUUGCUUACUCUGACAGAGCACAAAGUCACCCAUAGUAAGAGUCUGGAUACAGGCAGCUGCCGUAUUUGUAAGAUGCCUCUGCAGAGUGAAGAGGACUUCCUGGAACACUGCCAGAUGCAUCCUGACCUAAGAAACUCCCUGACGGGUUUUCGUUGUGUGGUUUGCAUGCAAACAGUGACCUCCACAUUGGAGCUYAAGAUCCAUGGUACUUUCCACAUGCAGAAGACAGGGACAAUGUCCUCUAAUCAACCCUUGGGCCGCAACAAUGUCAUGUCUCAAAACCAGCAGCCACACCAUGCCCAAAAAUUUUUCAAGUGUGCCUCAUGCCUAAAAGAUUUCCGGUCCAAACAAGACCUGGUGAAGCUGGACAUCAAUGGACUGCCUUAUGGACUCUGUGCAUCUUGUAUGACCGCUGCAGGCUCCAAGAGCUCCAGCCCAACGGUGAACGGAGGAAGGCAGCAGCAGGGUGGGGCCACCACUCCAGCCUCAACAGCUGCUGCGUGGGUACAAGGGGAGAGUCUCAGCCCUGGAGAUGGAAAAGGCAAAGGUGUCUCUUCAUCAUCGUCUUCUUCUUCCACAUCCUCAUCGUCUGUUGUCAAGACACGCUGUUCCAGCUGCAAUGUGAAAUUUGAGUCUGAGGCAGAGUUGCAAACCCACGUCCAGACGGUGCACCGGGAACAAGGUGGGGAUAGCAACAGCGGGCAGCUCAAGACCCCCCAGGUGUCCCCAAUGCCAAGAGCCAGUCCUUCACAAACUGAAGAGAAAAAGACAUACCAGUGCAUCAAAUGCCAGAUGGUGUUCUACAGUGAAUGGGACAUCCAAGUCCAUGUGGCCAACCACAUGCUGGGCUCACAUGUAUCUGGAUCACAUCACCAAAUAGAGGAAGGACUGAACCAUGAAUGCAAGCUCUGUAGUCAGUCGUUCGACUCACCGGCAAAGCUUCAAUGCCACCUGAUUGAGCACAGCUUUGAGGGCAUGGGAGGAACCUUCAAGUGUCCGGUCUGCUUUACAGUGUUUGUCCAGGCCAACAAGCUCCAGCAGCACAUUUUCUCUGCCCACGGACAGGAGGACAAGAUCUACGACUGCUCGCAGUGCCCGCAGAAGUUCUUCUUCCAGACAGARUUACAGAACCACACGUUGACUCAGCACAGCAGCUAACGUGGCAGAGCUCAGCGCCGUGGCCGAAAAACAAGGAUGGCAACGCACAGAAUAACGCCUGACCGCCAAUUAUUGUCAGCGCAGUUUUUUUUCCCCCCACUGACUGUCGUGGACUGAACUUUUGAUUCAGUGAGACCACAAGAAACCAUUCUACAAAAAGAAAUGUAAAAA